AUGAGCGAACCAGACGUUGACUUGGAAUUCGGCUAUUCUUUGUCUUUCCCUUUACCCUUUCGUGUAUUCGCCCUGACUUCAUUGGGUAUUCUCGCAUGGGCAACCAACAUUCACGGACUCGAUAACUUCGGUGUCGACGUCGUUUCAGCCCUUGAUUUACGCAUAGGAGACCAUCAUUCUCCUUCUCAACGAUACUGGCCAGAUUCACCGCGAAAAGCAGACGUGACCGUCCUAUACAAGAAUGUUUACCGGAUAUUCAUCACUUAUUCAGUAUGGUGUUUGGUAUCUUGGACAACGUUCCGCUCCCUAAGUCAAGGGAAUCCGACUCUAGUCGACGUUUAUGGAUACAUUCCAGCUGUUUUUGCCCUUCUUACUGUCAUAAUCUUGCUACUUCCCUUUCAUGUACUUUUCAAACCCGAGCGAGACAAGUUUCUUCAUGCAAUCCGACGUUGUAUCUCUUCUUCCCCCGACAGUCCCGUCUAUUUUGCAGACGUAGUGUUUGCGGAUAUUUUCACGUCGUUCGCCAAAGUUUUGGGAGAUGUCUUCAUCUCACUCCGUAUGCUUUUCCCGGGAAAUAGCCUCUUAGAACCACCUGCUGAUCACGGUUGGACGCGCUGGAUCAUGCCCACUAUCAUGAGCAUACCUUACUUAGUUCGUUUUCGCCAAUGCGUCAUUGAAUGGCUUUCCGUGGAUAACACCAGCAGAAGGCCACUAGCCAAUGCUGUGAAAUACGCUACUGCUUUCCCAGUAAUGUAUCUAUCUGCUGCCCAGCGAUUGGUGGUAUCGGAUUUGAUUAAUGAGAAGGGAAAACAAGCGGCCGAGGAAGCAUGGCAUGGUGAACAUCCGUUAUUCAGACUUUGGCUUCUUUUCGCAGCGAUUAACUCUCUGUACUCAUUCUGGUGGGAUGUUACAAAUGACUGGGGAUUGGAAUUAUUGAAACCCGGUUCCAAAACAUCCGGCCGACCUCUCCCUCCUAGACGUCUCGUUCUCCCUCACCUCCAUUCCGGAACUGCGCUUCUUGGAUCCCACCGUCCCGUCCCGGAAAGUGAAGAUCAUCCUGCAUAUCCAUUUGGAUUACGACCUACGUUAUUGUAUCCUUUACCUGUCUAUCCGUUACUGGUAUUUCUCAACCUCAUCCUCCGGUUGACAUGGUCCAUCAAGCUUUCUAGCCACCUGCAUUCCAAGUCUGAAGGCAGCGUCGCAAUAUUCCUCAUAGAAGUAGCAGAGAUAGUUCGUAGAUGGAUGUGGGUAUUUGUGCGAGUCGAAUGGGAAGUGAUUAAAAAGGCCCGGGAAGCGCGCAAUGCCGGAAGGACUAGCUUUAGUGAUACCGAUGAACCCGAGUUUGAGAUGAUCACAACUCCUACUAUGGAGCAUGAAAUAGACCCAUAG